AUGCAUCCUCCCUGGAAUGUGUACGCAGAACAGCUUGGUGGACUUGGAUACGGCUUUCCACUAUGGAAUCCCCAACCUAUGGAAGACGGCGAGGUACUCGUUGGCGAUGUAGGAUGGAUCCGCAAGGGUCGAUUCCACCGUCUCUUUAAUACCACAAAAGACUCAGACCACGUACUCAACCUUGCCUUCGGCGUCCCUGAAUCUUACGUACCAUUGGAGCUUGGUUCCAACAUGUAUGAGAGAGAUGACGGCGCCAUCAUCGCUCCAUCGGUGAUGAGUGCAACCUUGACCAAGGUCGAAGCCGGUGCUGAUGCACACGCCCACCUGGCUGGCGGCCAUGUCCAUUACAGAUACACGGAAGACUGUGGAGCCAUGCUAUUCCUGCCGACAGAACGAGCCCACAGCGAAGAAUUGGUCGAAAACAGCGUUGUAUAUGAUUACCUCCUCAGGAACCACGAUUCUUGGCAUCGCCAUGCCGUUCAAAAAGCGAAGCUCGUCAUCAAAAGGCACGAGAUUAUCUUCGUCAGCGGCUGGAUGAAAACUUCCAAGUGGGCGGUUGCCGCUUUCCGUGAUGGUACCCGAGGAGGCUAUUUGUCAUUCAAAGGAGGCAUGGAGUCUCUCGCAUCCGGUUCAUUCUACCUCAGCGGAUCUAAGGAUGUUGCGGCAUCUCUUCACCAGAAGUCAGGACCCAAUCGUGAAUCUCACAAUGCGGAUCAAUGUAUCUUUCUACAUUACUAUGAGCUGAAGGACAGGAUGAAAGGUAUUUUCCCGCAAUUACUACCCAGGUCCAUUCGGGCAGCAGCGGAGCCGCGCCCUCUACCUCGGUCACCGGAUGAUAUGGAUGAUGCCCGGGGUGGAUUCGGGUUGGCCGUGUCAAGUACCUCGAUGCAGGGUGGAAUGCGUGGUUACACCAUUCAAAACGUUCCCAAUAAUCAGCCUGUAAUUGACCCUGUUGAUAGCAUCUUGGAUUAUAUUCUCCAGCAUUCCGAAGCCGACACAGCUUUAGCCGGAACAAAGACCGUUGGUCUCUUAUGUAAAGGAUAUCUUCCUACUCAAGAUAUUGUCUCCAUUCUCAGAGAUGCUAAACCUGAAAUUAGAGUUGACGAAAAUGGCCUUGGAACACUAGGCGUUGGAGAUCAAAACUCGCGGGAGCCAUCAAGACAGGUUCUCAUGCCUCAAACCGUGGCGGCCCCAGACUUGGAGCGAAUACCGGAGGAGAAUAACAUUCAGUCACUGGAUCUCCGACCUGUUGAGCAGGUAAAGCCUGCCGAGCAAGAUGGGGAUUCGUAUAUGAAGGCUGCAUCCUCAUCUGAUAUCCUUCAAAAUAGCGACGCGUUAAUACCUUUGUUGGAGGAGGUUUUGGGGCAGGUAAUACCUCGACCUCAUACGCCCAUCUAUCGUUACGCGUCGGAAAGCCGAAGAAACAGCAGAAUCAAUUUAGAUAGAGGAAUCUUCAACGCGCGCAAAACGUUCAUGGCCGUCAACAGGAUGUCCACACUCGCAGGUGUUGGCGUCCAUGUUGGGGUGCAUUGA